AUGCUAUUUCAGUGGUUAGCGACGCCAUGUGUUGGAUCGACGCCAAAGAACCUUAUCAAAGAAGUGAAGGAUAUUAAAGAAUUCAAGAAAUUGCUUAGGGUCAACAAAAAUGUCCUCGUGUUGUUCAUCAAAUCAUCAUCAGUCGAGGACUACCAACCGUUGCUGAAGCUGUGUGAUGAGGUGGCCGAAAAGAUGUACGGAAAGGCGUCGAUCGUUUACAUUUUCUGCGAGUAA